ACAUCUGUGACAUCUGUCAACUCUUCACGAUCAAAUACGUCGGGGGUCGGCCCGUGUUUUAAGAAUUAAUAUCAAUUAAAUUGAAUAAAAGUGGUCCUAAUCGUGGAUCACUGAUUUAUACUGGGCUUUAUCAAAGAUUUAGUGACCAAAAUGAGUAAGCUAAUUCCCUCUGCCGCUAAACUUUUGUCCGGAAACACAGUCACAAAAGCGGCCACCCCGGUUGUAACGACUACGAAAGCAAAAUAUAGCACGAAAAGUGAAGCUACGUUUGAGAUUAAGCCCUACAAACUCCACAAAUUAGACAAGGGCCCAGCUCAGUCGGCCACACUCACAUCGGAAGAUGCCCUCAAGAUUUACACGCAACUUGCCACACUGCGGAGAAUCGAGACUGCCUCCGGAAACCUGUAUAAAGAGAAGAUCAUCCGUGGCUUCUGCCAUUUGUACUCAGGCCAAGAAGCGGUAGCGGUGGGCAUGCGUCAGGCCAUGCGUGACGUGGACUCGGUCAUCACGGCGUACCGCUGCCACGGCUGGACGCACCUCAUGGGCGUCAGCGUGCUGGGCGUGCUGUCCGAGCUGACGGGCCGCCGCACUGGCUGCUCGCGCGGCAAGGGUGGUUCUAUGCAUCUGUACGGAAGAAACUUCUAUGGUGGUAACGGAAUCGUGGGAGCUCAGGGCCCUCUUGGCGCGGGUGUAGCGUUCGCACACAAAUACAAAGGCGACGGUGGCGUCUGCUUCGCCCUUUACGGCGACGGCGCCGCCAACCAGGGCCAGUUGUUCGAGGUGUACAACAUCGCCAAGCUGUGGGACCUGCCCUGCGUGUUCGUCUGCGAGAACAACGGAUACGGCAUGGGCACGAGCGUAGACAGGUCCUCGGCGAGCACGGAAUACUAUUCCCGCGGCGACUACGUUCCCGGCAUCUGGGUCGAUGGCAUGGAUGUCCUGGCCGCUAGGGAGGCUACGAGAUACGCUAUCGACUACUGCACCAGUGGGAAGGGUCCGCUAGUAAUGGAAAUGGAGACAUACCGCUACUCGGGUCACUCCAUGUCGGACCCGGGGACGUCGUACCGCACCCGCGACGAGGUCCAAGAGGUCCGUCAGACCCGCGACCCUAUCACGUCGUUUAAGGAGAAGAUUAUCACCAACGAGCUUGUCACCCCCGAUCAGCUUAAGGAAAUCGACGCCAAAGUCCGGACAGAGGUGGACGAAGCGACGAAGCAGGCCAAGUCGGAGCCCGAGAUCGGCGUGGAGGAGUUGGCCGGGGACAUCUACUACAACAACGCGGAGCCCUACAUCCGGGGCCUGCACCCCGACGCGCCGCUCAGGCACGUCGAGGUCAUGCCUAGGAUGCGCAAUUAAGCCUACAAAUACGUAUCAGUUGGGGAGCUUUUUCUAAAAAAAAUAUAGGAGACCUGUGAGACAGCAAGGCUCGGAACCGGUUUUUUUCAAAGCCCCGAAGUAAACCAAUGUUUUUAAUUAUUUUAUGCUCUUUACGAAGGACUCAAUCAUGUAUUUAGGUAACAACUUCGUAUUAUUAGAUUAUAUAAUUAAAAAUGAAAUAAUAAAACAAAGAACGAAAAAGAACGUACCUAAUAGUACCUGUAUUUUUUGUAUGAAGAAAAAACCGGUUCCGAGCCUUGCGAGACAGAUCCUGGUGUUUUUGGGUUCUGUCGACUAAUAAUCCUGAUGCUAAAAAAGUCCCGAAAAUUGGUAUUAGAAUUGUAGUUUCCACUACGUCAUGUACCAGGUGACCUAAUGGAACGGACAUUUUGGGACAUCUUUUUUUAAUAGUAGGAUGGAGAAUGCUGUCGAUUCUGAAUAGAAAUGAGCCCAUGAAUGUCCAGAUUGGGAAGAAAUAGGUUUUCAAUAUUUAUUUUAGAAAACGCACGAGGUAAAGGACUAAUAAGCCGCCGUGGCAUAAUCCAUGGCACAUGCUCCAAUGACCAUUUAAAAUGGCAGACUCACUAAAGGUUGGUUGCUUCAAAGUUGCCCUCCUUAAAAAUGGUUUAAUAUUAACCGAUUAGUACAAUUGUAUAACGAACUGUUGUUUUUAAUUUCUAUUUUACAUUUGACACUUUAAGGUUAACCGGUUUUAAACCGGAAAAUUUUUGAAGCAACCGACGUUUAGCAUGAGAUUGUCAUUAGAAACAUCGCCUCCGUACAAAGCCGAUCCACAAACGAAUUCAAAUCUUGAGCGAAAUGAAAAUUUAUGUUUGUCGAAUUUUUAAUAACUCUUGAAGAGUCAUACGAAAACCAUUUGUAAAGAGAUUUUCUAUUAUUUUUAUUCAACUUUUUAUUUUUAUGUAUUUUUUCUUUUAUUGUUACUGCGAAGUUUAGUACGUUUAAAUAAUUAUGGUUAAAAUAUCUCAAACAAAAUCGUAAAGAAAUAUCGGCUUUUUACUUACGCAGUUACUUUUUGAUGGCACUUUAUUGUACAAAGCAUUAUUUGUAGAAGAAUUUUAUAGCAAAUGUGAUGAGUAAGUGAUGAAUACCGUAUAUAGUUAUGUUAUUGUAUAUAUGUAUAAAUCCAUUUGUAUAUUUAGUUGGGAUUGAAGAUCUUCUGUGCUACAUUAAAACAUUAUUCUGGGUUACCGUAAUUAGAAAUAGUUAAAUAAUCAACGAAUUAUUAAACAUAGCCUACAUUAUUUUAUUGUUUCCUACGUAAUCUAUAUGGUGAAUAGGACAAUAGCAUUUUUAUGAUUGUAUCCACCGUAAUAACUGCCAAAACGUAUCAUCAAAUAUCAAAGGAAACGCACAUGAUUAUUUAUUAUGUUGCACGUGUUGAUAUGUCUGUAAGGGUAAUUAAAUUAUUAAUAAAAAUCUAUAAAU